AUGUUGAUCCUCCUGUGGCACCUGGUGAACAAAAUAGCUACUCUGAGUUGUCCUGCAAGUGAUGCCUUCCCUGUCCCACAUGAGUGGUACCAGCCUGGUGACCUCAUCAUUGGUGGGAUGGUUUCUCUCAUUCUUUAUCACUUUUAUGAAAUUCAAUUUCAGGAACAUCCUUCUCUAAAACCUUAUCAGUUACCACUUAUAAUCCCAAAAUUCUACCAGCACGUCCUUGCCUUGGCCUUUGCUGUGAAGGAGAUCAAUGAGGACUCCCAGAUCCUACCUAACAUCACUCUUGGAUUCCACAUCUAUGACAGUUACUACAAUCCAAGGAUGACCUAUCGCACCACUCUGGACCUGCUUUUCAGAUCCAAGGAAUUUGUCCCUAACUACAAAUGUGACAGCCAUAAAAAUCUCAUGGCCAUCAUUGGAGCACUUGAGACUGAUACCUCAUCCUAUAUGGCAGAAACCAUAAAUGUCUACAAGAUCCCACAGUUGAUCUAUGGCUCUUUUGCCCAAGAAGAGUUUCAGACUACUAAGUUAUCUUCACUUUACUGCAUGGUCCCAAAUGAGGACCAUCAGUACAUUGGAGUAAUACAACUUCUUCUCCGUUUUGGGUGGAAGUGGAUUGGAGUCUUUGCUACUGAUAAUUACGGAGAACAUUUCUUGCCAAAACUGCAGCCAUUGCUUUCCCAGAAUGGCAUCUGUUUAGCUUUCACACAAAAACUGUCACAACGUGCCCACUUGGAAGACUUGCCAGAAUUGUUUGAUGUAAUCUCAAGCAUUUCUAAUAAAUUGAUAGAUCAGAAAUCAAAUGCUUUUCUUGUCUAUGGAGAAUCAUUCACAAUUGUGUGGCUCAGAAGCGUUGUGUUUCUACGUGAUCCUGAAAAUAAAGAAAGUGCAUCAUUCAGAAAGGUUUGGAUCCUGAUGAACCCAAUUGAUUUCAUACUGACAGGAAUUCAAAGGAAUUGGGAUCUGCAGAUGUUCCAUGGGGCUCUUUCCUUUUCAGUUCAUUCAAGAGAAGUUCAAGGGUUCAGAGAAUAUCUUCAAGUCAUCAAACCUUCAACCCACAAAGAUGGAUUUCUUCAAGAUGUUUGGGAACAACUGUUCGACUGUUCAUUUCCAAAUGCAGAGUCACCCUCAAUGAUCAAUGAAACCUGUAAUGGAGAAGAGAAUUUGGAGGCUUUGCCUGGGCCUCUGUUUGAAUUGCAGAUGAUUGGCCACAGCUACAGUAUUUACAAUGCUGUUUAUACAGUGGCACAUUCUUUGCAACAGACAGUGAGAUCAAGAUCCAAACAGAGAGAAAUUCCAAGAUUUGAAUUUCCGGAUCUGCAGCCUUGGCAGCUCCAUCCGUUUCUCCAAGGCAUUUCUUUUAACAAUUCAGCUGGAGAGAGAGUCUUCCUGAAUCAGAAACGGGAAGCAACAGGUGGAUUCGACAUCAUCAAUUUGAUCACUUUUCCAAACAGAUCCCUUCAGAGAGUUAGAGUUGGACAGUUAGAUCCCAGUGCUCCAAGAGGGAAAGAAUUAUUUAUUGAUGAAGACUUGAUUGUCUGGCACCCAGCUUUUAACCAGGUUCUUCCACUUUCUCAGUGUAAUGACCAUUGUUCCCCUGGAUCCUGGAAGAAAGGAGCUGAAGGAAAACAAUUCUGUUGCUAUGACUGUCCUCCAUGCCCAGAAGGGAAGGUUUCAAAUCAAAAUGAUAUGGAUGACUGCUUCGAAUGUUCAGAAGAUUGUUAUCCAAAUAAAGAAAAGAAAGGAUGUAUCCUGAAACCAGUGGUCUUCCUCACUUUUGAAGAAACAUUAGGAAUUGGUUUAACCUCCAGUGCUCUUUCUUUCUUCGUCUUGACAUCUUGGGUGGCCAUUUCUAGUGUCCUGGCCAAAACUAUCACUGUGGUGGUGGCUUUCAUGGCCACGAAACCAGGAUCUCCAAUGAGGAAAUGGGUGGGGAGAAGACUGGCCUUUUCUGCUGUCCUUUCCUGCUCUCUCUUCCAAGUAUGUAUUUGUGCUCUUUGGUUGUCAACAUCUCCCCCAUUCCCUGAGUUAGACCUGUACUCAGAAGCCAAAGAAAUUAUUUUACAAUGCAAUGAGGGGUCAUCCUCCUUCUUCUACUGCGUCUUGGGCUACAUGGGGAUCUUGGCCAUCGCCAGCUUUACUGUGGCUUUUCUUGCCCGUAAAUUACCUGACAGCUUUAAUGAAGCCAAGUUCAUCACCUUCAGCAUGCUGGCCUUCUGCAGUGUGUGGGUCUCCUUUGUUCCAGCCUAUCUGAGCACAAAAGGAAAAGCCAUGGUAGCUGUGGAGGUCUUCUCCAUCCUGUCCUCCAGCACUGCAUUACUAGGAUGCAUCUUUUUGCCAAAAUGCUACAUCAUUUUUUUCAGGCCUGAGCUAAACCACAGGGAGCAACUAAUAAGGAGGAAUUAG